AUGAAUAGUCAAGUGCAUUUGAAUCCUACAAGAUUGUCUAUACUCUCUAUUCCAAGAUCCAAGUAUUGGGUUUUUUUAAGCCCUAUAUUGCAAAUGCUUCACCAUGAAGCUGAUCAGGAUGCUGAAGAGGAUUCUGACAGUGAGAGUGAAAGUGAAAGUGAGAGUGAUGAUGAUGAAGAGGAUCAGGUUGAGUCAUCCAAGGAUGACUCGAUUGAUGAACAGCCAUCUCCGUUUCCAACCCAAAGAAGAUCAUCCAAGGAUCUUUUGAAUCAUAAAGCAAUUGAUAACUCGAGCAAAGUUACUAGUGAAGAUUCACAAUCGUCACCAUUUUCAAGUCCCUCUACUGAAAGUGAUGAUUCAGAAAUUGAUGACGACAAUCACUUUUUUCAUAUCGGAUUUACUCCUAUUGAAUGUACCAUCAUAUGCUCAACUUGUAUUAUGAAUGAGUAUUUUAUUGAUGCUUUAAAGAUAUGUCAGUCUCUUGAAUACGAUGAUGUUAAACUUAUUAAAGAAUCGUUUAUUAGUUUACAAAUCGAUAGUGAUGGUAGUUUUAAUCAUAGUUUAAGGAUAUUGGAAUUGACAAGACCCUUAAGUGAAAAUAACAUUCCAUUAUUUUUUAUUUCAAGUCACUAUUGUGAUAUUGUUUUAAUCCCGGUUAAUUUUAAAGAAAAAGUUAUUCAUAUAUUGACUCAAAAAAAUUUUGAGUUUUCUGAAAAUUCAAAUAGUUAUAUUUCAAAUAUCCCCGAUAUAAAUUUGACCGACCAAUUGGUUAGUCCAAUCAAUAAGGAUUUAGAAUCGUCUAUCUUUAAAAGUUUCCAUGAUUGUCAUAUAAAGCCAGUCGUUAACUCAAAAAUAAAUCUAUUAUUGACUGGAGCGAGAACCGGUGAAUCAAUUAAUACCAUUAAUAAAACUAUAAAAAUCUUAUCAACCAAUUCAAUCCCUGAUUACUUCAUUGUUACCAGAACUUCGAUCAAUAAGAUCUCUUUGGUUUUACCAAAAUCUAAAAAGACUCGUAAGGCUUUAGGUUUUGAUUCUUCAAAUUUAAUUGGAUCAACCCAAGAUAUUAUUAUACCUAUAUCAAUUGACUUGGCGAAGUUACCUCUUGAUUCAACCGGUAUAGUUGCUGGUUUGGCAAGUAAAAUUAUCAAUAAUUUUCCCCAAGAUUUACAAUUUGAAAUGAAUUACUUAUCAAUGGCAAGAUCUGGUAUCUUGAUGAUACCAAAGGAAAAUUUAUCCGUUAUCAAAAGAAUCUUAAACGAUAUCAAUUAUGAU